AAAAAAACAGGGAAUCGAGGGAACGUUCAGGAGUUUGCUGCAUGGGCUCAGGAAUACUUGCUGAAAUGAACAGUGAGCCCAGUUUGUUGCUGCAACUACAAAUGCAAAUUAAAAUUCCACCAUGCAAACAAGAUCCACCAUGGCAACAGGAUCCAGAAAUAUCACCAUCUUUACUGCACAAAAGCUCAUUUAAAGACUGCCCUGUGUUCAGACAAGUCAAAAUUUUAAUUUCCUUUUGGAACUCGUGGGUUGAGCCCUGUGAUAGAAUGCCAAACUCUCCAGGUGUGUCCCACCUCUUGCCCUUUGAAAACUGAGCUCAGCUCCAGCCAUGGCAUGCGUGACUUGCACAUCAGUGAAGGCACCAUUAAUGCUGAAUCACACAUGCAGAUUUUGGAAUGACACAACUUGUCAAAUUUCUCAACAGAAGCCAAACCACUUUCUGCAAACAGCACAGCUCUUUUCUUAGAGACUAUGACUGUAUACUGGUCUGCCUGCAGUCCAGAAAUGCCACUCAUUACAAACAUUUUGCACAUUAUGAAACUAAAAAUAAAAGUGCGCUGGAAUGGGAAAGCAUCACACUUUUAACACUAUAGCAGUGACUCUUUUUGUAUUCCCAAAUGCUUGUAAAUUGCUGUUUAAAUGAGAGGUGAUGCAAAACGUUGGUAAAUGUGCCCAUGGUCUAACUCAGGGCUAUUUGACUCAGGCGUGCUGAAGCAGAGACAAAUCUAAAACCUGCAGGACACUGGUCCUUGAGACCUGGAGUUGAAUACCCCUGGUCUAACUUCUGUAUAUGCCGCUGGCAUCAAAUUUAAAAUCUAAGUUUUAACAUUUGAUAUAUUAUCUUUUUGUACCAUCCCACCGCAGUAGGUAGGGACCACCGGCCUUUCUCGUCUAAUAAUUGAUACCACUGUCCAUCAUUGUGCAAACCUUUAAUUCCUGUUAUUACUUAAGUAAAUGUACUCAAGUUAGGCACGCGGUGGUGCUGUAAACAGCGGCUCGUGGGUGUGAUUCUUGUAAGAAAGGGUGGCUGAAGUGUUGUGUUAGGUUUCAUGUUUUAAAGCGCGCUUGAAACGGAAACAAAGUUAACAGAAACUGUCAGUGGAGGGUGAGAAAUAUUGACAGGGUUGGAAAGGAAAAGUAUUUAAAAGAAAGACGAAAAUGCACGUGUGAAGGAAAGCUACAUUGUGCGAUGUCUACAUCAUCCUCUUUCUGUGAAGUAGAAAAUAAAUCAGCAGAGCACUCAUUGCAUGAAUACCAUAUUUGGGCUAUGCUACAUUCUUUAGGCUCUAGAUAAGCAGAAAUAUUUCUUUGGCAUCAGUAGAGACUUCUCAGAAGAGACAAAAUGUUCUAGGACAAAAAUGUACUUUCAGCACUCAAGACCGAAGACAAGUGACUCCGUUAUUUGUACGCUGGAUAUACAAAGAAAAAUUUCAGGGGAUUUUUUUGAAAACAGGCUCAGACAUAUGUUUGAAUAGAUUAUCCUGAGAUAAAUAUAUCUCCCAUAGUCAUGCUUAUUCCACCAAGAAUCACAAGACUUUUUCUGGAUAUAGCUGAAGAUUGAUGGAGAAGAAUGGCCCGUAUUUCUUUGGACUGUCCCAACUCUUUACCAGGGAUUCCCCUCAGUGUCCUGUCAGUGCCCAUGGAAAAUAAGUACAAAUGUCAGCAGUGUCUCCAGGUCCUGAGGAAGCCUGUCCAGGCUCAGUGCGGCCACCGCUUCUGUGUACACUGCUUCAAGCAACUCACCAGUUCUGGCCCAAAGCCUUGUGAAGCCUGCCGUCAAGAGGAGAUAUAUGAGGAGCCUAUUUCCAUUCUAAAUAGCAGUGAGGCUUUUCCAGACAAUGCAGCAGGCCGAGAAAUAGCAAGCCUGCCAGCCAGGUGUUUGAAUCAGGGCUGCAGCUGGACUGGAUCUAUUAAAGAGUAUGAGGCUCAGCACGAAGGUCGCUGCGAAUUUGAGCGGAUAUUGUGCGAGGCCUGCCAAAACUUAAUACUUCACACGGAGAAGGACAGACACAAUGAGAGAGAAUGUGAGGCCAGAACGCUCAACUGCAAAUACUGCAAAAUGACCUUCAACUUUAAAGAGAUAAAGGCCCACGAUGAGAUCUGUCUGAAGUUUCCCAUGCAAUGCAAGGACUGUGGAAAAAAGAAGAUACCAAGAGAAAAGUUCAAUGAUCAUGUGAAGUCUUGCGCCAAGUCGAAGAUCACCUGUCCAUUCAGCGAAGUGGGCUGCAAGUCUGUGAUAGAUAACCAGAAGGUCACCGAACAUGAGCACAACAGCACCAUGGAGCACUUGCGUAUGCUGCUGCCCCUGGUACUGUCUGUGUCUCGGACUCGUGCAGAGGCUUCUGGUGUCGGAGAGUGGCAGGAGGACUCCGGUGUGGGCCUAUACAGGGAUCCUAAUGAGGGAGCGGUAGCCAUAACCUCCGUGCAGCCUGUGGACCUGGAAAAAAAAGUGAAUGCUCUAGAAAACAUUGUGUGUGUCCUGAACCGGGAGGUGGAGCGCAGUUCUGUUACGCUGGAAGCCUUCGCGCACCAACACCGUUUAGACCAAGAGAAGAUUGAAAAUUUAUCUAAUAAAGUACGACAGCUGGAAAGGACACUGAACAUGAGAGACUUGCAGCUGAAUGAGACCGAACAGCUUGUGCGGGAACUCCAAUUCUGCACUUACGAUGGAAUAUUUGUCUGGAAAAUCUCUGACUUCUCCCGCCGAAGGCAGGAUGCUGUGGCUGGUCGAGCGCCUGCAAUGUUCUCACCAGCAUUUUACUCCAGCAAAUACGGCUACAAAAUGUGUCUAAGGUUGUAUUUAAAUGGAGACGGGACAGGCCGGGGAACACACCUUUCGCUGUUUUUUGUUGUCAUGAGGGGAAAGUGUGACGCUCUGCUCAAAUGGCCAUUCAGUCAGAAGGUGACUCUAAUGCUCCUGGAUCAGAACAACAGGGAGCACAUCAUUGAUGCUUUCCGACCUGACGUCACCUCCUCCUCCUUCCAGCGGCCAAUCAGCGAGAUGAACAUCGCCAGUGGCUGCCCACUCUUCUGUCCACUGGCCAAAUUGGCCGGAAAGAGCCCUUACCUCAGAGAUGAUACAAUUUUCAUUAAAGCCAUUGUAGACCUUACAGGCUUAUAGGGUGUACUGUGGAAGUUACACCAAAAUAAAUUAAAAAAUAAAAAAAAAUUACACAAAAUUAGUGAAUAAUAACUUUUAAUAAUAAUACUAGUAAUAAUAAUAGUAUUUAUAAUAAUUAUAAUAGUAAUAAUAUAUAAGAAGAGCAAUAUAUUAUCACCACAUAGGUGACUAUGAUUUUACAUAUCACAUCGUUACAUCCUGAGGGUGUGCAAAGUGACCGUCAUCUACACUCAUUCUGAGGAUCCAUCUUUAGUGAAUAAGUCGAUCAACAGUAAGGAGACCAGAUCUGCUGAGUCAGAAGAGCUCUUCCAGGACAAAGAGGUGUGCAGUCAUCUGUUACUAUGAACCUUCAGAUUGCAUCUGUAGACGAUAAUCUAUACAUUUUAUAUUAGAAGUAGCUUAUCAUUAUAAUACACCUUACUUAGCUUUGUGUUAUGUGUGGGUUUUUUAUUUUCUCCACCUGUGUUCAUUUUAACCAUUCUUAGAUUAGUACUGGCUACUUUUUAUGUAUAGGUCAGAAACCAGUAAAAACCAAACACACACUGAAGGAAAUGAAUGAAAAAUACCAGUUUAUUAGAACUCUGGUGUGGAUAACGUAUUACAUCUAAUCUCAUGAAAAUAAAAAAUAAAGCCUAUUUGAAAUAAUCCUGUAAUACUCUAAUACUGAAUAAUCAUAACGAAUUACUGGUAUUUAAAUAUAUAUGUAUUAUAUGUAUACACUUUGUUGUAUUAUCUAAUCUCAGUUCUAUUAAUUAUAACUCCUCAUAUCACAUCUACCUAUACUGUACUCAUGGAUCAUAUAAAGCUAGUUUCUAAUCUUGAAUUGCAUACCUUGACUGUGGUGCUAAAAGUGUUUCAGGGAACGCUAAAGUACCAUUUGACUGUUUGGACUGAUUUGUGUGCAUCACAAAAGUGCAUCAUACACAGCUGAACACAUGUGCUAUGAGCCUUUAUUUGAUUAAUGAUUAAAAUCUCAUAUAAAGCAUAAAUAUCAA